UUAGAUCUACUGAAGGUCAACAAUGAAAACAGGACCAUGUUUACUGAGUUUAUUCUGUUGGGCCUUACAAGUCAACCUGGACUACAGGUGAUGAUAUUUGUCUUUCUGUUCCUCACCUAUAUGCUAAGUGUCCUAGGAAAUCUGGUUAUCAUCAUUCUGACCUUACAAGACCCCCACCUCCAGACCCCUAUGUAUUUCUUCCUCCGAAACUUCUCCCUCUUAGAAAUUUCUUUCGCAUCCAUUUUUAUUCCCAGAUUUCUGGCCAGUAUGACAACAGGAAAUAAAGUCAUCAGUUUUGCUGGCUGCUUGACUCAGUAUUUCUUUGCUAUAUUUCUUGGAGCAACAGAGUUUUACCUACUGGCCUCCAUGUCCUAUGAUCGCUACGUGGCCAUCUGCAAACCCCUGCAUUACCUGACCAUUAUGAGCAGCAGGGUCUGCAUACAACUUGUGUUCCUCUCCUGGCUAGGGGGAUUCAUAGCUAUCUUGCCACCAAUCAUCCUGAUGAGCCAGGUAGAUUUCUGUGCCUCCAAUGUUCUGAAUCACUAUUACUGUGACUAUGGGCCCCUCCUGGAGCUUGCCUGCUCUGACACAAGCUUCUUAGAACUGACGGUCAUCCUCGUGGCUGUUGUGACUCUCGUGGUUACUCUGGUGCUGGUGACACUUUCUUACACAUACAUUAUCAGGACCAUUCUGCGGAUCCCCUCUGCCCAGCAGAGGACAAAGGCCUUUUCUACUUGUUCAUCCCACAUGAUUGUCAUCUCCCUCUCUUAUGGCAGCUGCAUGUUUAUGUACAUUAAUCCUUCUGCAAAAGAAAGUGGUGCUUUCAACAAAGGAAUAGCUGUGCUAAUUACUUCAGUUACCCCCUUGUUGAACCCCUUCAUUUAUACUCUAAGAAAUCAGCAAGUGAAGCAAGCCUUCAAGGAUGCUAUCGAAAAGAUUGUAAAGUUUUUUAAAAUAUAGAAUACAUUUUAAAGAAAAUAUAUUUUCACUUAAUAAAUAUGUAUUUUCUUCUGUAUCUCAAGUACUGGACUGGCCCU